AUGUCCACCCUUCAGCUCGCUCUUCGAGACCUUCAAUUGGAAUUGGACCCAGACAGUGGAUACAUUCGCUGGGCUUCAACAAACCCGAAGCACCCUAGAAACUGGAGGAUUUCAAGGAAGAUAUACGACAUUGGAUUGAUUACACUCCUGGAAUUCUAUACGUAUCUACUCGGUCAAGGGAUAGGUGGUAUUAUAUUUCCACCUUACUCAGAAUGCUUUGGGCGCAAAAGGCUGUAUAUAGGCAGCACCGUAUUAUACAGUGGUUUAUGUGCGAUGAUCGGCGCAGUUGAGUCUCCAGCUGCUGCUGUAGUUGGGCGAUUCGUCACAGGAGUUCUUUCAGCGAUACCAACCAGUAUUAUCACAGGAAGCAUAGAGGAUAUGUUCAACUCAAAAGCUCGAAUAUGGAUGAUGCUAUCGUAUAUUGGAGUCGCCAAUAUGGGAGUGGCGAUGGGGCCAGUCAUGGGCACGUAUAUUACCUUGGCAUGGGGAUGGUACGACAGAUAUCUCACCACCAAGUCAGGCAUCUUGCUAACAUCGACUUGUAGGAAUUGGAUUUUUUAUGUAGCUGCCAUUGUGACUGCAGCUAUCGCUUUCCUUCUUCUGUCAAUCAGGGAAUCACGACCGUCAUUGCUGCUAGAACGUGAGGUCGAUACUCUCCGCAAGCAAACUGGUAUGCACUCUCUAGAAGCCUUCAACCCAGACAGUGUGCCAGACUGGCAGAAAUUCGUGAAGAAUGACCUUUUCCGACCAGUGAGACUUCUCUUCACUGAGCCUAUAGUCUUCGCUGUUUCUAUCAUGGGCGGCACUGCUAUGGCAAUCAUCUACCUCUUUACUGAAGCUUUGCCGACUAUCUAUCAAGCUAUGGGUCUAAGUCAAGAAAAAUCCAGUCUUCCGUUCCUUGCAAUUGGUCUCGGAUUUUUAUUCAAUAUACCAGGCCGAAUUCUUGAAUACCAGACAGCCAACGCAUAUUGCAAGGAGAAGCAUUCGCUUUCUCCUGAACACAAACUCAAAGGAUUAGUUUUUGCAGCCCCUGCACUAGCAGCCGCUCUAUGGUGUUUUGCUUGGACAAUUCCCCCAAAUGUUCACAAUGUACACUGGAUUUUUUCCGUCAUUUCAUUGCUUGUGGUUGGCUAUGGGCGGAAUGAGAUUGCGAUCGUAUUGACAGGGUACAUGGCCAAUAGCUAUCUGUCGUAUUCGUCCAGCGCUUUCGCAGCGAACGCGCUUAUGCGGUCAAUACUGUCGGCCACGUUCCCUUUAUUUGCACCUAUGAUGUUUAAAGCUCUUGGGGCAAACGUGUCUGUCUCUAUUUUAGCUUCCACGAUGACCGUGUUUAGCGUGAUUCCAUUAUUGUUUCAGCGACAUGGAAAAUCGAUUCGGGAGCGCAGCAAAUUUGCACAAUACAGUAUGAGCAUGUAUGAAAAAACUACUGUCGAAAAAGAUGGAAGCUAA